UUACGAUUACCUCUCGAGUUAAGACAGCAGGUCUACGCGUACCUCCUCCCACGAACACAAGACCACAACAAUCCGAAUCCACUGGCCGACCAUGCGCGUAACUUCAGUGCUGUGCAAAAAAGAGGUGCCCGCGGGAUGAUCAUACCUCAGGCGAAUGCAACAUCGAAAGGACCAAGCCAUGUCGUCUGGCAGCGGGGGAACAUACACUUGAUGUCGGUGUGCCGACAGGUCCACGACGAAUGUGCAGAGCUGCUGUACGGUUGCAAUAGCUUCCUGCUAUUCGUCACUUUCCAAGGCAUCACAUUCCGGUUCAGCUGGCUGCUGCCUUCGGGACUGGCUCCGACGAGACGAUAUGAUUUCUUGGAGUUGCUACCUGCGAAAUACCUCCCGCUCAUCAAGCGGGCGAUCAUAAACUUGGAUCAUGUCGACUCGUACACUGCCAUGCUCAAGUUCAACGUCAGCGGCAAAGGUCUCACGCAGGGGUUGAGGAAGCAGGUACAGCGUCUGGUGAAUGCGUUG